CAGUCUUUUUCUGGUCCUAAAGCAGUGCGCGGCGUUGCCCUUGUUGCCUCUUCGAAACGUUUUUCUCGCUUAGGUAAACGAGCGGCGUACGAAACCAUUCUAGUCACGCGUAUCGCGGUGCUUCGUUGUAAACAUCGCCGCCCCACACGCCACAGCAACAACACAACACAACACAACACAACACAAAGCAAAAGGCAAGACUCGCGGCCCAACAAUGGAAGAACUGAACAGUAUAUUGCAGAAAACCAAAGAUAAAUCAACGCAAAAAGAGCAGGAUGAGAUUCUGCUGCAGCCCUUCACAUACAUACAACAGAUUCCUGGCAAACAAUUUCGCUCCGAGCUGGCCUUGGCCUUCAAUCACUGGUUGCUCAUACCGGCCGAAAAGUUGGCGCAGAUUGGCGACAUUGUACAAAUGCUGCAUAAUUCCAGUUUGCUCAUUGAUGAUAUUGAAGACAAUUCGAUCCUUCGCAGAGGUGUGCCCGUGGCCCAUUCAAUCUAUGGCGUGGCUAGCACCAUAAAUGCGGCUAACUAUGCCCUGUUUCUGGCGCUGGAGAAGGUGCAGCUGCUGGGACAUCCAGAGGCAACCAAAGUGUAUACGGAACAACUGCUGGAGCUGCAUCGAGGCCAGGGAAUGGAGAUCUACUGGCGGGAUAGCUUCACAUGCCCCUCCGAAUCGGAUUACAAACUGAUGACUGUACGCAAGACUGGCGGCCUGUUCAUGCUGGCAAUUCGCCUCAUGCAGCUGUUUAGUGCCAACAAGGAGGAUUACUCGAAGCUGACUGCAAUUCUGGGACUGUACUUUCAAAUUCGUGAUGACUACUGUAAUUUGAGUUUGAAAGAGUACACGGAGAACAAGAGCUUCGCUGAGGAUCUGACGGAGGGCAAGUUCGGUUUCCCAGUGAUCCAUGCGGUGCGUUCGCAAAAGCAGGACAAACAGGUUCUACACAUAUUACGCCAGCGCACGCACGACAUUGAGGUCAAGAAGUACUGCAUCAGUUUGCUGGAAAAGCUGGGAAGUUUUCAGUACACACGCAAGGUUCUCGAGACGCUUGAUGCGGAGGCGCGGGCAGAGGUGAUGCGUCUGGGUAGCAAUCCGUACAUGGACCGGCUGCUCAAUAAGCUGCUCUCGUGGAAGACCAGCGACAGUGUCAGCAUCACGCAAUCGAAUCAGAUCAAUCACAACAACGUGACAGCCCGCAACAGCCCCAACCAGAACACACUUAACUGCAAUUAACAGCCAAAGAGGCAAAAGAGGGAGCAAUCGUGAAUUGCGAAUGGCGGAGCCUCUUUUGCUGCUAACCCAAGAACCGAGCCGAGGGCCAGGGCCAGCGCCUGCCUCAGUGCGCCCCUAAUGCGUUUUCUGCAAAAACUGAAAAUAUUCUGAGAUUUAUGUUCUACUUUUGCCUCCUAGAACGCUCACAAAAAGCCAACGUUUACUAACUAAAACUAAAUGUAGGGCAGAGAAGAGAAAUUGAAGGAAAGGAAAGGAAGGGAAGGGAAAACCAAGAGCAGCCUUACAAAAAGAAAAUUGUUAAGCCAAAAGUUAAAUGAUAUAAGCCAAGCUUAUGAAAGAGCUAGCAUAUGAGCCAUAGAACAGCUUUCCAUGAAUUUGUUUAUGUUUACGUUUUCGCUUAGUUUAGUUCCUUUUUUAUACGCUUACGUUCUCGAUUUAAUAUUAGUUACGGGAGGGGGCUUAGUCUGUGCCUCAAUUAGUUUCCAUUUUCUUUCCUUUUUCCCAGGCCAAUGCCAGGGCCAAGUAAAUCUCAAAAAGCAUUAACUUAAUUAUAGGAUAUGCAAUAUUUAAGCUGUUGUAUUUCUAAGUGUAUUCGUAUUCGUGUUUCCGAUACUGAAAGCAAUUUUCGAUUUCUUAAUGUCAUUUUUCGAAUCUACUCACUCAAUGUGCACGCACUUCCUUUAUCGACGUUGUUCCAUUUUAAUUGUUAUACAAUCGUAUACAUUACACGUAUUAUUAACAACAAACAAAUUGUUAACGUUUUAUGCAACAAACAGCAACAAAGAAACCUAAAAAAAGCAAACAAAACAAAACUAUGUAUUGAAAUAAUGAUAAAUGAUAAUGAUGCACUGCACAGCAGAUUUUUGCACAUUGCACCACCUAAA